ACGACACAUGGAUCGGGACGAAUCUUUCACUCAGCUUUGUCUGCUUCUAUCGAUCAAUGCGUACCGGCUGCCAUGCCACUAUUAGUUGUCGUGGUCCGUGAUCUAUGAUCCAUUCCAUAUUUCCAUCCUCCAUUCACGCAUCACAAGCUGGAAGGCACUGUGGGCAAUAAUGGCUCUGCUCACGCUCCAGCCAGCGAUACCCUUCCUCCUGCUCCUCCUCCUCCCCGCCGCGUCCGCUGGGCUGCCCGGCGGCCGGACACUGGUGUUCAUCCUGGCUGGGCAGUCCAACAUGAGCGGCCGCGGCGGCGCCACCAACGGCACCUGGGACGGCAUCGUCCCGCCGGAGUGCGCGCCCUCGGACCGCAUCGUCCGUCUCUCCCCGGCGCUUCGCUGGGAGGAGGCGCGCGAGCCGCUGCACGCCGGCGUCGACGUGGGCAACGUUCUCGGCGUCGGGCCCGGCAUGCCCUUCGCGCACGCCGUGCUCGCCAGCGAGGGCGCAGCCGCAGAGCCCCCCGUCGUCGUCGGACUCGUGCCGUGCGCGCAGGGCGGCACGCCGAUCGCCAACUGGUCCCGGGGGACGGAGCUGUACGAGCGGAUGGUGACGCGCGCCAGGGCGGCCGUGGCCGAGUGCAGCGGACGCGGUCACCUGGCCGCCUUGCUUUGGUACCAGGGGGAGGCGGACACCAUGAGGCGCCAGGAUGCUGAGCUCUACCAGCGGCGGAUGGAGACUCUCGUGCGUGACGUUCGCUGCGACCUCGGCCGGCCCGACCUCCUCGUCAUCCAGGUGGGCAUUGCAACUGCGCAGUACAAUGGCAAGUUCCUCGGCGUGGUGAGGGAAGCUCAGAAGGCAGUGAAGCUCCCAAAUGUCAAGUACGUUGAUGCCAUGGGGCUGCCCAUCGCGAGCGACCACACGCAUCUCACCACGGAGGCUCAAGUCCAGCUCGGCAACAAACUAGCCGAGUCGUAUUUAGAAACGCUGUAAUUUUCAAAUACCGGUAUGCCUACCAAAAACAAGGCAUUCCCCCACGAUUUGGAAACGGACAGAGCAAGCAAUAUGUACACUCAAAUUACGAUGCUGCGUUGAGAUUAAUAUUUUCCGUGCUAUUGAAACCGCCCUCGUGUUAAAUUGUUA